AUGUUAUCCUUAUUUAAAACGUCUAUUGAAAGUUUAAAAAGAUCAGACAACCAUUCCCAAUGCGUAUUUUUCAACACAGACACAGAUGACCAUCGAUGUGUGGUGAUUCUGACAGUGAAACGGGCCACAGGAACCUUCUCAUUAAUGGGCUGCCUUUGGAUGUUGUUUGUUAUUUGGCUUCUUCGAAGAUAUAACUCUGUUGCACAGAAGAUGAUCUUGAGCCUCACGAUAGCAGCCUUUUUUGACAGUAUUGCAUAUGUCAUGGGAGACUCCAAUUUGCAGGGCUCGCUUUGUGACUUCCAAGCCUGGUGGCUCACCUACUUUGACUGGAGUGCGCUGGCCUGGGUUUGCCUCAUCACGCUAAACCUUUACUUCAAUUUGGUUUGUGAAAUAAGUACCAACAGAUUUGAGAUUUUUUACCAUCUGACCGCAUGGGGGGUACCCUUGGUCAUGGCCUCUCUGCCCCUGCUUAAGGGCGUUUACGGCCCUGCUGGAGGUUGGUGCUGGAUCACAGGCGAUCACGUAGCCUGGAGAUUUGGGAUAUGGUAUGUGCCUCUCUUUACACUCAUCCUGCUGAUGAUCUGCUGCUAUGCCAGGAUUAUCUUUGUGGCCAAUAAAAGAAUGCAGUCAUGGUUGGGAACAUUUAACCCAGAAAGAGAGAGGCGGAAGGUAUCUUUAGCAGAGGACAUCAGACCGUUGAAGUGGUAUCCCUCAGUUUACCUGCUGGUAUCCAUCUUCCCCCUCAUCAACAGGCGCCGCUUAAACACUGCCCAUCCCCCCGGAGACCCCUUUGCCCUGCCACCUCUCUCGCUCUCCCGCCCCGUGCCCCUGCUGUCGCCUGAUGAAGAUGACAAACUGCACGCACCACUCACAUGA